CCAUAUCUUCGAUGUUGCUCCCCCGAUGGUAAUAACCUUUGCGGAAAGGCAAGUUGUGGAGGUACGAGUACAUUCAGACUUUUGUGUAGUCGUGACUUCUCAACUUGGCUGUCUUUUUGUGCAGACUACCAGAGAAGGAGCCGAAAGCAUCGAAGCUGCUGCUGAUGAGGUGUAUGGCGCCACUGAGUUGGCCACCAACACAGUAGUCGGUGUUACGGAGACGGUCGCCGUGAGCACAAGUGUCGCGUCGGAGGCAAUUACUCUCCCCGUGACCGCAGAGGCAGGGGUGACUGCCGAUGAUGUGGUGGGACCGACAGAGAUGGAUAUGAGCGAAGCGAUCACGACGCCGGAGGCCGUGUCUGACGCCACCAUGUCCGAAGUUACUGGAGGCGGAGAAGGUAUGGGUACCAGCGGUGACCGUAUAGCUGCCGCUGCCCAAGUAAUCUCUUCUAGGGUUGGUGAUAAUCUGGAGGCACCACCAGUUGCCCCGUCCAGUGUGCUAAAUCCCAGUGAUUUGCCUAAGCGCUUGGCGGGUAAAGCUGCCCUUGUGCCCCGUCGGUCAAGCAAGUCGUCUUUCAGUGUUGACCUUAGUGUGGUGAGCACCGAACCAGCAGCUGAUGACGGAGGCCACUCAUCUGCGGACCUUGCUUCUGCGCCUAUUGUCGAUCUGACGAAAAAGAACCCGGGGCCGGCAGCGAAUCCCAGUUCUACAUCUCUGGCGGCUGCGUUAUUGUAGGAUGCGAUCGGCGCUCUUCAGA